AUGGCUUUGGUGACUACAAACAUGUUCCAUUCCGGAAUAAGAGCCGGAGUUCUCUCUUUCCUCGAGCUAGUCCAAGACAUGCUCCACCCUGAUCAACCCUCCUCGUCGAAGACGAAGAAGAAGGCUUCGACCAAGGCCGCGAUCGAGUCAAUGCCGAGAGUGACAAUUACGGCGAAGGAGGACUGCUCAAUUUGCUUGGAAGAGUUCAAGGUUGGAGGCGAGGCUAGAGAGAUGCCGUGUAAUCACAAGUUUCAUUCGGGUUGUAUCGAGAACUGGCUUUGGGUUCACAAGUCGUGUCCACUUUGCCGAUUCCUUAUUCCAUUAGAGGAAUUAUAG